AUGGAUUAUACUUAUCAAAGAGAAGAACCUCUAGAAAUACGUGGCGUGUCGCACUUCAGUUCUAGUAAACUGCAGUCAUUCCCAAAUGAAGUCAAGCCUUCUAAACAUCUUCAACACCUAGAUUCGAUCGAGCCUGUAAAGGAAAGAGAAUUUUUUGUUAAUGAUGCAACUGCGUGUAGUGUAACUGGAAGUUUUCGCAGUAGCAUCUAUUCAGUUGGAUGGGGGAGCAAUGAAUAUGAAAAAGACGCUGCUAGUGCCGUACAACAGCUAUUCUCUGAUUUUGAAAGUUCUUUAUAUGGAGAAGCAGCUUGUAAAGCAGAUGUCGACCUUAAUAAAAUUAAGCUGCGAGAUUUACAUGUGCUUGGCCAUCAUGUCGAUUUAGCAUCUGGGGAUGAGCAAAUCAAUAUAAAUUCCGGUGCAGAGAUAUUUGCAAGUGAUGGAGAAGUGCAAGAAUACCUAGCCUAUGAUAGCUGGGAAACUGAUGCGAAAGAGUUACUACGUCGCAGUAGACAUGGUAUUCCUCCGGUAACGCCAGAUGCUUGCGCACAAGAUUCUAUCAUUAGCCAUAUCAUGAAUUGUAUUUGGAGCGACAUAGUAAUUUGGUUAAGAGAUCUUUUCAGUAUACUACAUGAACGUAGCAGCGAGAAUGGUGGUUGUACACCUGUAUCGCGUAUCCAUAGUUACUCAUCUGUGAAAAGGAAAUUGGUAGCCACGGAAGGUAUUGGGUACGAACCCGCGACACCAAUGUUGAAAAGCUACAAUCACGCUAUGCAUCAGGGCCGCCUAAGAACCGGAAUUGCGAUGUCAUUAAGUAAUAAUUCUGUUUCUACUGAUUACGAAACUCUACAAGGAGUGAUGACUAUACGAUCUCUGGCACCUAGACGGCGUGCAACUACUGCAUCUGCAGUAGCUUAUGACGCAAGACUACGAACGCCUUUGCUUCAGCAUCGUCCGGAUUCAAGUCAAUACAGUAAUAUAUCUAAUGGCAAGACCAAAACCGGUGUGGGUUAUACACCUGUAACUGUCAGCAGACUAGCAUCUGCAAAGCCUCCUAGAAAGUUAUCCCCCAUUGAACAAGCUAAAACCCCGCCAAAUAACAGCAAUGUCUUAUCUAGUUCGGUAUCAAUCAGUGGUAUUAUUCGCGGUAAUAAAGUAGGACAAUAUUAUCAUAAUAUAGGAUCUGGUAGCCGCCACGUAGCAGUUCUUCCAAACAACUCCAUUUCGAGCGUAGCCAAUUCCAAAGAUACAAACUCUACCGUAUCUGCAUUUUGGAACCUGAAGUCAGUCGCUUUACCUCCAAUUGAAAAAAUUACUGAAAGAAAUAAUAUUCCUACAUCUAGUAUCAAGCUAAAUACAAAGAAUUCUGAUUUUGGAACUGUAAAAUCCGAAUCUACUGAAGAAUUGAGAAAAUCUUUUGUUUCCGGUAAGCAUUUAGCCCACGAUUCCAGGCCAAGUUCUACCCACAGUACUAAGCCUUUCGGUGAGCUUAAGUCGCCCGGAACUAAUAACAAGCGCUUGAGCUUAACACAUCAAAAGCCUGUCAUAAAUGGAAUUAUAGGUACCAGUAUGGGCAUUAACCUGCUCUAUCGUUUAGAACGUAAAGAAUCAGCUGAAAGUGACGAACAUAAAUCCGAUAAUUUGUAG